AUGUCUUGGGGAAUGGGCAUGGACUCUAACUGGUCUCGUGUAACUGUUGUACAAAGUCCUUUCGCAAAUUGUCCGACAACGACGAUGGGACAACUCCAGGCUUGGGUCAGCGAUCUCAACCUCAGAGACCCUUUGGUCGCCGCCUCUCUUCUGAUUUUAUCACUAUCUAUUACUGCCACUAUAUGGAAGAGUUACGAUAGCCUGUCAUCUUUCCCUGGACCUCGUCUCGCAGCAUGGAGCCGCAUAUACUCGGUCUGGAUAGUGCUCACAGGUCGUGAACAUGAGUGGCUAUUACAAGCACACGACAAGUAUGGUCCUCUCGUGCGGUGGCAACCCAACCUGCUGCUCAUCAAUGAUCCAACCAUGCUGCCAAAGAUAUACCAUCUACGUGCUAAUAAGACCCGGCAUUACAACCAUUCACCGAGUGAUGUCAAGGGCAUGGUUGAAGAGAGCGAUUGGCAAAAGCAUCGGGCGAAACGACACCGGAUAGACUCUGCAUUCUCCCCAAAGGCAAUCUUCGAUAACGAGGAGCUCGUGGAUGUCUUUGUUACAAAAUGGAUCGAUGCAUUGAGUGCUCAAUUUGCCACCAAUGGCAACAUCUUUGACUUUUCGGACUGGGGAAACUUUCUAGCCCUGGACGUCGUCACCAAGACCUUCUUUGGGCAAGAGAUGGGCUUUAUCGAACAUGGCGACAAGAACAGUAUACUGGCGGAUACCCGCGCCAACGGCCCAACGAUUCAUGCCUUGGCGAGGCUCCCCAGACUCAAGAUGUUCCUCCUCAGGUCAUUUGGCAGGUUCUUAGUACCGACAGCCGGUGACGGCUCUGGUCUCGGAAAUGUCCUUUUGCUUAGGGACCAGCUUUAUCAAGAACGACUGAAUACAAAGGACAAGGACUUACGCAUAGGGUACUUCUUGAUAAUAUGCACAACGAUGCGUUCAGCCAUGAAGAGCUCAAAGAAGAUUCUUGGCGCAAGCGACACCACUGGCCAUGGUAUCCGUUGUCUCAUCCGCAAUCUACUACAGCAUCCGCCUUGUCUUGCUCGGCUCCGCCGGGAGAUUGACGAUACGGUCAGGAGAAACGGCGGCAUCGACCAGAUCCGAUUUGCACACAUCAACUCCCAGAUGCCGUAUCUGUCGGCCUGCAUCCGCGAGUCGCUUCGCCACGAUCCGCCCAUUGUGAGUUUCCUGCCACGCUGGGUCGACGGCCCAGAUGGUGUCGAACUGUGUGGCCGGUUCGUACCUCCCGGCGUGGAGGUGGCCUGCUCGCCAUAUGUACUCAGUCGCAACCGCGACCUCUACGGGCCCGAUGUGCACUCGUUUCGUCCCGAACGUUACAGCGAAGCUUCGGAGGAGUGGGUAGCCAAGGCUGCGCGGUACGAUUUCGUAUUUGGUUAUGGGCCUCGGCACUGCAUUGGUCAGCGCUUGAGCCACUUUCUUACGUGCAAAGCCAUUGUGCAGCUCUUUCAUCACUUUGAUGUGGAUUUGAUCGAUCCCGGUUCUGGAAAAGCAUUCCUGAAUUGGAACUAUUCUGGUCUCAGGCUUCGACUUUCACGCCGGGCAAACGAUGGUGCUAUUUAA